UUUAGCAUACAUACAGUGGAAACCAAUCGACUUCUCUGAUACUCUGCAGCACCCUGCUGUCUAAAUCUCUCCUUGCCAAGAUCUGCGGCCGCAAUGGCGACUCCUACGCAGGAAGCCAUCGAAACCUUCAUGAGAAUCACCGGAUCCUCCGAGUUCGUCGCUAUUCGGAAGUUGGAGGAGUAUGGAGGCAAUCUGAAUGAAGCUGUCAAUGCCCAUUUUAUUGAAGGGAAUAGACACAUUGUGGGGCAAAAUCUUGCUGCUGAUCCGCAGUAUAAUCACAUGGAUGUAAAUAAUCAAAACUAUGCUGGAUCACGUGGACUUUUGCCUUUACUCUCUGCUGUGAGGAGGUUUCGACCUUCACUACUGCUUGACUCAAAUUAUAGGAGAGAACUAAGGGACUUGUAUAACAAGACUAGUUGUACUCCACAUAACAGUCGUGCACCAUGCACUUCACACCCAGGAGAAGUGAGGGAAGCUCCUGUGGGGAUCAAUAGUACAUAUGAGCUGUCCCAUUAUUCAGGAUUGAGCUCUUCAAGUAUAGAUGUGACUGGAAAUUCCUCAUCUCAUGGUCAAGGGUUUUAUGGGGCAAAUGAUUUUCAAAGCAAUUGGAACUUAACUCAGCCAAACUCCUCACAUAUACCAAAUAAUGCUACAGAGGAGGAAAUGAUUCAAGCCGCAAUAGAGGCUUCAAAGUUGGAGAGCAGAGAGAGUGCUUCAAGGAGGCAAUCUGGCACUCUUAAUGAUUCAAUAGAUAGUAGGCUUCUCCAAAGUAAUUUUGACCAAGAAGAUGAAGAUUUAGCUCGUGCAGUAUCAUUGUCCUUGAAGAUGGCAGAGCAAGAGAACGCAAUGUAUGAACAUCUAGCGAAACUGGAAAAUGAAAGAAUAGGAGUUCAUGAUCUGUCAACCAUGAGAGAGAAUGCCAGCAGUAGUGGAUGGCAGCCAGGAACCUCAUCCAACAGAGGUGGAACCCAAAAUGCAGCACAGUCAAUAAUGGGUGCUCCAUUGAGCAGCAGUGCUGGUAGUCAUCUUCAAGGCAAUGAAGAUGUAUUUAUUUCUCAAGAGUGGGGAAAUAUGUCAUCUGAAGAGCUUAAUGAAGCAUUUUUGCUUGAGACAACAAUUUUUGGUGACACGUCUGAUCGCACUUCACAGAAUGUUUCAUCUUUCCCUGAUCUUCGACAUUGUCCGGCAAGAAUUGUGGAUCCUAAAGUGAAGUUUCCACUAUCUCCAACACCACAGUCUUUAACAGCAACUCGGUUGCUUAGAGAACAACAGGAUGCUGAGUAUCAAGCAUCACUGCUGGCUGACAAACAAAAGGAAUUGAAUGCUCUAAGAAAAGUUGAAACCCAAUGCUUAAAGGAACAAGAGUCAUGCAAGAAGCUUGAAAGGAAGGAGGAGAAAAUGUUCCUUAAGAAAGAAACUUUUCUUCCUGAGGAACCCCCCAUAGAUGAUAAGAAUGCAAUUACUAUUGUCAUCCGAAUGCCAGAUGGUAGCCGGCGUGGACAUCGAUUUCUCAAGACUGACAAGCUUAAGCUUAUUUUUGAUUUCAUAGAAAUCGGUGGGGAACUGAAGCCUGGCACCUAUAGAAUUGUGAAGUCAUACCCCCGACAAGCUUUCAGUAUGGAUGAUAGCUCAUUUACCUUGAGUGAAGUAGGCCUGACCAGCAGGCAUGAAGCAUUGUUUCUGGAAUUACUUUAGAUAAAUGUGUUCCUGUGAACCAUGUUGUUCGAAGCGAUCCAAGUGAGACUGGGACUACGUACUACGCGAAUCAAGUGUUCUUCUAGUCGAUCAAAUCAAGCACACUCUUGCCUUUUAUUCUCCAACUAUAUGAAAGGCUGUAAAGAGUUUCUUGUGUAUUGAAAAGAAAACGAGAGUUAUUUGCCUGAUAAAAAAUCAACACAAGGGAGGUUGGUAUAAUUUCUGGACGAAGUGGUGAUGAUUGUAAUUUCAGCAGCUUGAAUUUAUGACUUAAUUGUUUUGUAUGCAUGUUCA